AUGAAACAAUUCCUCGCCGACGCAGAGAAGCAGAGAAGGGCCCGCGCCCCCAAGCAAGAAUCGACCACUAUGGUCCUGCAACCCCCACCACCAGCUGCCGUCACCCCAUACACCACAACCUUCCCUCCUGCUCCCCCGACGAAAGGUCGAAAGAUUAAAGCUUCCAUGAUGGCAGGAGCGCAUGGACUGCAUUUCACCGGAGGCUCCUUCAUGAACGUGGGGGGCGACUUGGUUCGCAACGGAGCAAAGGUGGACGGCGUCCGUUUUCAUGACGGCAUAAAAGGGUCGGCAGGAGACGAGAUAGAAGUGGACUACCUCGAAAAUUCGAGCAAGCUGACGAUGGAAGGGAACGCUGAACAUGUAAAUGUUGGCGGGGCUGUCAGGUAUAUUCCUGUUGGUCAGGAUGGUGUUGCUACGAAGUCGUCUCGGGUCCAGAAGGCAGACAUUCAUGCGCACAUGUUUACGAAGCUGAAAGACUCCAAGUUCAACGGCGGACAAUAUACGAAUGUUGCGGGAAAUAUAGACUACGUCGGAGCUUUCGAAUCUGCUCCGCCGCCGUCCAAAGGCAAGAAAGACAGCGCCAGAAACGAGAGACGCCGAACUUGA